AUUUUAUGUACAAAAUACAGAAGGCAGUUACAACACUGGGGAUCAGUCUCAAGGAUUCUCAGUCUGAUUUUAAAAAGAUUUGAUGCAAAAUGUUAAACAUAGUAAAAGUGGCAGCUGUGAAUGCAAACAUGUGUUUCUGAGGCAAGUGUUACAUGCAACAUAUAGGUUGAUUUUAGAAACUCUUCUUAUGAAUUUGGGUAUAAAAACACAACUGUUGAGAUAAAUUUUAAAAAAGAAAGAAAAAACAUCCAUUCACCACCCAGUGUGGUGCUGGGGUAACGUAGACCCUUUCCUUUAAAAUUGCUAUUCUAUUUUAUUUUCAGUAGGGCAGAAAUCUAACAAAUAAUUACGGUGUGAGCUUCAAAAUGCAAUUUUUUUAAAUUUCAAGAUACUAAUAAAAAAAUAAGCAAAAAAAGAAGAGCCAAAGUUUUUGAAGUAUGAAAUACACCUAAAGAUAGAGUAAUGAGUGACUUAACACUUUCACUCAAGGCUUAACAAGGCAUGUCACACAAAAGUGUAAUUUAAAAAGAUUAAAUCAGCAGAAAAUAUAAAGGAAAAGCCAGUCAAUGAAAAUACAAACAAACAAAUAAAUAAAUAAAAGCUAAGUGUGCAGAAAAUAAACAGAAAACAAUAACUUUCAAUUCUCAAACUAAAUCAUCGAUACACUGGUGAAAUAAUUUGAUUUUUGCAAGGAUUUAAUACUUCCUUGAAUAAAAUAAUUUACUUAAAAAUGCUGCAAAUGAUGGUCAUUAAAAAAACAGAUUUUAUAUAUAAAAACAAUUGUAACAAGGACUAAAUCAUCCUGAUUCAGAAGACCAGUCUUUAUCGUACUGAAUCCUACUAGAAAACUUUUCCAAAAACAUUCAGGAAAAGUGCUUUAUAUUUUCAAUGUUGACUCACAAUACACUCAGGAAUUGUCAUUUAUGUCGUCACAAGGGACUUUCAAAACUAGUUUGCAGUUCAGGGUUUUCUCGGCACUUUUUGGAAAAGGGAAAUUUCCGGGGAGCAAGUGAAGGCAUCACGCUUCCUGACACAGAGGAUCACACGCCACCGGUCAGACAGAAUACGGAACCCCGGCAGGCGGACGUCUCACACCGCGGUCGUUAGGUCACCAUUCAGGCUGAUGUUGAGUGCUCCGGUUCCGUUAGUAGCCUCAUAAUUAAUAAUAUAUACAGGCAUGACAGCGGUCGUUCAGAACUGCGCCACGGGUGGAGGCUGUUUGGACAGUAAGUAAACCAUCCCAAAAUACCGCUCGGCCGCCCCUUUGCCUUUCCCCCUUCAGCCGCGUUUCGCACCUCGCCUCCGGCGGCGUCCGGUGUCCAAUGGCGGCCCCAGCAGAACCAACACCGGGGAGCGCGGAGGGGAAGAAGACGGAGCGGAUAAACGACGCAGAGUUGGCUCUGACAGGAAUCAAUAUGCUGCUGAACAAUGGAUUCAAGGAAAGUGAUGAGCUCUUCAGGACAUACAGGAACCACAGUCCUUUGAUGAGUUUUGGGGCCAGUUUUGUGAGUUUUCUGAACGCCGUCAUGACGUUUGAAGAAGAGAAAAUGCAGAUGGCCUUUGAGGACCUCAAAGCUACAGAGAAACUGUGUGAGAGUGAAAAUGCUGGUGUCAUUGAAACCAUUAAAAACAAGAUCAAGCGCAGUCACACACACUCUCAGAGGUCGGGGUCGGCUGCUGUGGACCGACUCCAGAGACAGAUCAUCAUCGCAGACUGUCAGGUUUACCUUGCUGUUCUGUCUUUCAUAAAGCAAGAGCUGUCAGCAUAUAUCAAAGGAGGGUGGAUCCUCCGCAAAGCCUGGAAGAUGUACAACAAAUGCUACAACGACAUCACACAUCUGCAAGAAGGAGGCAAAAGGAGAGCUCCUGAGGCUUCCACCUCUGACUCCUCUGAUCGCGCUCGCUCCUCCUCAAGUGGACCGAGUCCGUCUCACAGAUCGAACAGCAUCAGCCCCGAGGUUCUGGAUCGGCUGAAAGGGUCGGUCAGCUUCGGUUACGGCCUUUUCCACCUGUGCAUCUCUAUGGUGCCGCCACACCUGCUAAAGAUUGUCAACCUGCUGGGUUUCCCUGGAGACCGACACCAAGGACUGUCGGCCCUCAUGUACGCUAGCGAUAGUAAGGACAUGAAGGCCCCAUUAGCGACCCUGGCUCUGUUGUGGUACCACACGGUGGUGCAGCCCUUCUUUGCUCUCGAUGGCUCAGACACACACGCAGGCCUAACUAUAGCCAAAUCCAUCCUCAAACAAAGAGAGGCCACCUAUCCAAACUCCUCCCUCUUCAUGUUCUUCAAAGGCAGGAUUCAACGCCUUGAGUGCCAGAUCAGCAGUGCCUUGACGUUCUUCCGUGAUGCCUUAGAUCUGGCCUCUGACCAGAGGGAGAUUCAACACGUGUGCUUAUAUGAAAUAGGUUGGUGCAGCAUGAUCGAGCUGAAGUACAGAGAAGCCUACCGAGCGUUUCAGCGACUUAAGGAUGAAUCUCGCUGGUCCCAGUGCUACUACGCCUAUUUAACAGGAGCAUGCCAAGGAGCAGCUGGUGAUCUGGCUGGAGCCAUUUCUGUUUUCAGGGAUGUCCAAAAACUUUUCAAGCGCAAAAACAAUCAGAUUGAGUUGUUUUCAAUGAAGAGGGCGGAGAGGCUUGCAAGCCCCAGUCCAUCCAAAGAGCUCUGCAUCUUGUCUGUGAUUGAGAUUCUAUAUUUGUGGAAAGCACUGCCCAACUGUUCCACUGCCAAUCUGCAGACAAUGACACGUGUCUUGCAGGGGAUUGACGACGCCUCGAGCACCGGCCUGAAGAAUCUGCUUCUCGGUGCCAUUAACAAAUGCCUCCAUAACACCACAGAUGCCAUGCAGUAUUUCCAUCUGGCAGCAAGGGACGAGGCUGGUCGUCUGAGCAAUUCCUACGUGCAGCCCUACUCUUGCUACGAACUGGGCUGUGUUCUGCUAAAUUCCCCUGAGACUGCUGCCAAGGGUCGGAUGCUAAUGCUCCAGGCUAAGGAGGACUAUGCUGGGUAUGACUUUGAGAACAGACUCCACGUUCGCAUUCACUCGGCUCUCGCCUGAACGAGAGGAGCAGCCCAGCCUCGAGGUUUUGUCUGCAUUGAAGUAAAUGCAGGAAAAUUCUCUCCUAAAGCCACAAAACAACUCUGAACUUUGAAUAAUGUAUCGUAUUUUUUUUUGUACUUUUAAACUUAUGAACCAAAACUUCAUUUAAAAUAUGAAAUGCUUCAUGGAGAAAUGUUAGAAAGUUUACUUUACUGCACAAAAUAUUAGCACAUAAUGUUGUUUACAUAGUUUAUGAAAGAAAACCGGACCGGAAAAGGGUGGCUUGCCGACUCCGGGUCGGGAGAGAGGUCCUACCUCAGGUGGAGGAGUUUAAGUAACUCGGGGUCUUGUUCACGAGUGAGGGUAGGAGGGAUCGGGAGAUCGACAGGCGGAUUGGUUCGGCGUCUGCAGUGAUGCGGACGCUGAGCCGAUCUGUUGUGGGGAAGAGGGAGCUGAGCCAGAAAGCCAGGCUCUCGAUUUACCGGUCGAUCUACGUCCCAAUCCUCAACUAUGGUCAUGAGCUUUGGGUAAUGACCGAAAGAACGAGAUCGCGGAUACAAGCGGCCGAAAUGAGUUUCCUCCGUAGGGUGGCCGGGCUCAGCCUUAGAGAUAGGGUGAGGAGCUCGGACAUUCGGGAGGGACUCGGAGUAGAACCGCUGCUCCUCCGGAUUGAAAGGAGUCAGUUGAGGUGGUUUGGGCAUCUGGUCAGGAUGCCUCCUGGACACCUCCCUGGGGAGGUGUUUCGGGCAUGUCCUGCUGGCAGGAGGCCCCCGGGUCGACCCAGGACACGUUGGAGAGGUUACAUCUCCAAUCUGGUCCAGGAACGCCUUGGGGUCCUGCUGGAGGAGCUGGUGGAGGUGGCCGGGGAGAGGACGUCUGGAGCUCCCUAAUUGGGAUGCUGCCCCCGCGACCCGGAUAAGCAGAGGAAGACGACGACGAUGAUGAAAGAAAAGGAGCCUAAUGGAAUAAGAUGAAAUAUUGUGAAAAGCAUUAGCCAUUUCUCAGAGGUGAAAUUAAUUCUCAGUCUUGUAAAAUUGAGUGAUGAUCCUGUGAACGUAAUUUUAAAAAUAGCUAACUCUGAAUGUUUCCAGCCAAUAAAAACCCAUGUUGUGCUGAGACUUUCCUAAGAAACAUACAGAUAAUCAGUGAAUUUCUUUUGUUGGUUUUAGAGAAUUUUUUAAUUAAAUUGGGUAUACUUUAUUUAAAAAAUGUGUAAACAUUGCUCCACUUCUAAGUGGCCUAUACGUGCACAAGAUAGCUGUCUUCUGUAUGCUGGUUUUACUUUAUAUUUGUUAAUAAAAACACAUUCACACCC